AUGACUGAACACGUUUUAAAUGCAACUCCCGAAGUAGACGAUCUUGUUGCUUUUGCUCUUGCAAUUCAGAUUUUUUUUGAUUCAAGAUCUUUGAGGUUUGAUUUCCAACAGAGACAAAACAUGAAAAAGGAUCGGGUGAAGCAGCUUAAUAUCGGUACAUCACAGAAUGAUUUUUCAGUAAAACCUUACGGAUUUUGUUGCGAUAUUAAAGACUAUGAUCCAAGAUUAUUCGUAUCGAAAGAGCCAGAGGUACUUUUCCCUUCAAACGGUCCAACCGAAGAAGGACCUAAUAUUAAAUUUCGCAUUCAAGAACAUAGCGAUAUUGAACCUCCCAGUCAACGAAGUACUCAAAGAAAUGCUCGAAGUGGACUUCGAACUAGAUAUCGAAGUCGAAGUGGUCAACAAGUUAUUUGGAGCGAUCAAACGUAUGGUCGCCGUAGACAACGAAUCCCCUUUAUUUCAAGAGACAAAAAAGGUAAACUCAUUGAACCUUCAGUUGAACUAAUGAUAUGUAAACGAUGUAGAGGACCACUUCGGUGGUAUUUAGAAGAUGAAAUAGCAGCUGCUCGUGACAUUGUAAUGAAAAGAAGGCAAGAAAUAUACAAUGCAGAAAUGGAAAAAAACAUCAAACUUGCUAAGAAAAAGGAAAAGAAAAGACGACAAAGGAAGAAAAAAAAGUUUAGCAAAUAUGAAGAUAAACUCAAAGAAGAUAUACAUUACGAUGAAUCGAAAAAUAUAACAUAAAAUAUUUAAAUAAAAAAGAAAGAAUUUAAUAAGAUAUCGCUAUCA